AUGCCCAGGAUCAAAGCAAUCACCACCGGCUCCAUCCCGUCUUUCUUGGAUGUCAUCUUGAACUUUGAUGAGGCAGACACGUCUUCAACUCUCGCCGCCCAGGACACGUGGCUGGCGCAAAUGAAGGCCAAACAGUCGGGAAAGCUGGUCAUGUAUGGAGACGACACAUGGCUCAAGCUGUUCCCAGAGACCUUUGACCGCGCCGACGGCACCUCGAGCUUUUUCGUUUCGGACUUUACGGAGGUCGACAAUAAUGUCACAAGACACAUCGACACCGAGCUGGAGAAGGAUGAUUGGAACACACUGGUGUUGCAUUAUCUUGGUCUCGACCAUAUUGGUCACAAAUCGGGACCUCGAAGCCCACACAUGGUCCCCAAACAACAGGAGAUGGACGACAUUGUCAAGCAUCUCUUCCAGGCCAUGGAGACAUAUGAUCACAUGUCUUCAACUUUAUUGGUACUGUGUGGAGAUCACGGCAUGAACGACGCGGGAAACCACGGCGCCUCAUCCCCUGGAGAGACAUCUCCUGCCCUUGUCUUCAUCUCACCGAAGCUCAGGACACUACAGCGCAGCCUGAACUCGCCUGUAAAGUUCCAGGAGGACUUCUCGUACUACACCAAGGUCGAGCAAUCCGAUCUCGCGCCGACUCUGGCGGCCUUGCUAGGGUUUCCCGUGCCGCAGAACAACUUGGGCGCCUUCAUUGCCGAUUUCCUCCCAUUCUGGUCGAAUAAAAACGAUCAAAUCCAGUUGCUUGUUCGCAAUGCUCGGCAAAUCCUGAACAUUGUUACGGCGACGUUUGGCACGAGCAUGUUCGAUACUGAGUCGUCGUCAACACAAAAGGCAUGCGCGGAUCCCCAGGAUGACGCGCAAGAACUGGCGUGCGAAUGGCAUAGAGUCAAUGACGGGCUCAAGGCCAUGGGAGGCAGUGAGCAGCUGGAUCAAGCCUGGCUCAGGGCCAUGUCCAAGUGGUUGAGUAAAGCUCAGGAUCUGAUGAGCACCAUGGCUAGCAAUUACGACAUGGGCAGGCUGCACCUAGGCGAGGCCCUGAUGGCCCUGAUCACUUGCUCCCUGCUAUUUGCUGUCACGACAAGUCUCAUUCCCCUGGUAGUCGUCUCCAUUUCCUAUGGCAUUAUGAUGUUUGCCAGCAGCUACGUUGAAGAGGAGCAACAUUUCUGGUAUUGGUUCACGUCGGCCUGGUUUGGCUCACUGGCCAUCAAGAACAUGCAGACCACCCACAAGCCUCUGCAGACCAUCGGUCUAUUUCUACUCGCCUCAGCAGCCACCAGACUGGUGCGUGGGUGGAAUCAGACAGGACAAAAGCAUGCUGGCGAACCCGACAUUGUCAAGACCUUUGUCACAACAAAUCCACCCCUACUCUGGACGCUCGUGGGCGCAACUUACCUCUUGAACUUUUCUCAGCUAACGAGAAGACUCCGUGGCAUGCCGGCUGUCGCAUCUGCCGCAGCCUCCGGCAUGGUGGUGCUCUCGGCCUUCUCUUUCAAGCUAGCUUUCACGCAUGAAGACUCGCCAGAGCUUGUGACCGGCAUUCCGGCCGCCAUCAACGUCGCUCUCCAAGGCCUGACCCUCGUGACCAGAGCCAGAAUCGUUUUCGUUGGUAUCGGUGCACUCGCAGGGUACUCUACUUACAUUGCCCUCUCCAAACCAAGUGAGGCGGCUCAGACAGCAAAACUUCUCCACCACCUCAUCACCCUCUUGGUGGCAACCCAAUCCCGCGUAACAAAUAUCCCUCUGCUUCUCCUCUUCAACGUUCAGCUAGCCUUCAUCUCAUCUCUCGGCCUCGAUCUCCCCACGCUAUCUACGUCCUCAAUACUGCUGCAAUUCACAUCCUUCUUCGCUUUCGGUGGCACAAACGCAAUCUCGUCCGUUGAUCUGUCGAGCGCCUACAACGGCGUUGCGGGCUUCAACGUCGUCGCAGUGGGCAUCCUGACGUUCGUCAGCAACUGGGCAGGGCCAGUAUACUGGACCUCCGCCACAAACCUACUCCUCCUCCGAUACCGCAAGCUUCACAACAGCCGUAACGUCUUCCUGCAGCAUGUAGGCCACCUGACGCUGUUCACGGCGUGCAGCGUUCUCUUCGUCAUGGUUGCUUGCGAGGUUCUCAGGACCCACUUAUUCGUCUGGACCGUCUUCUCGCCCAAAUAUCUGUACAGCAUGGCGUGGAGCAUCGGGCAGCAUUUGGCCAUCAACGUAGCAGUUGCUGGCUUGUUGUACAAGCUAGGUGCGACGUACUGA